CUGAGGAAGAAGCCAAGAAGAGGAAAGAACAGGAGUCAAGCAUGGCUUUUUCUCAGGCACAGGUGACCUUCAAAGAUGUGUUCAUAGAUUUCACUCCUGAGGAGUGGGAAUGCCUGGACCCUGCCCAGAGGACCUUGUACGAGGACGUGAUGGUGGAGAACUUCAGUAACCUGCUGUUUGUGAGUAUGUCUCAUACACAUAUAAGCCAGAAAUUACUGACAAAAGCAAGCAGUGAUAAAGGAGAAGUAUUUCACACAGUGAUGUUGGGAAGACCUGAAAGUCAUGAAAACAGAUUUUUUCCUCAGAGAGAUCCAGGAGAAUUUGCAUGAAUUUGAAUGUCAGGGGAGAGAUGAUGAAAGAAAUUACAAAGGAAUGUCUGUAACUAUAACCCAGAACAAAAAUCUCACUAAUGAAAGUGAUCGGCACAGUAGAAUUGCGGCAGGAAAUAAGCGUGUUGAAAAUAGGCAUGGAUCAAGCUUUCAAGAUGAACUGCAGAUACUUCAACCUGAAGGGAAAACAUUUGUGUAUUCAAGCUGUGAGGAGUAUCAACAGUACCACCUCAGAUUUACGACUUCAGAGAACUCCUAGUUUCUGCACCAGCAUUUCUAAUAUGUGUGAGAGUGCUGUUAUGCACCCUUCAGUACUGGCACAAGACCAGGAAGCACAGAGGGGAAAACCUUACAAAUGUACUGAGUGUGCCAUGACCUUUGUUCAGGACUCGGAACUCACUGGACAUCAAGGGAUCCAUAGAGGAGAGAAACCAUAUAAAUGUGAUGUAUGUGGAAAGGCCUUUAGUCAAAAUGCAAGACUUAUAGUUCAUCGGAGAAUUCAUACUGAAGAUAAACCAUAUAAAUAUUAUGAAUAUAGCAAAGCUCUUAGUGCACAUUCAGCCUUUACUGACCAUCAAGCAGUUCAUACAGGAGAGAAACCAUAUAAAUGUAAUUUAUGUGGCAAAGCCUUCAGUCACAGGUCUUAUUUUACAGUUCACUGGGGAAUUCAUACUGGACACAAACCUUACAUGUGUAAUGAGUGUGGCAAAGCUUUUAGUGCACAUUCAGACUUAACUAAACAUCAAGCUGUUCAUACAGGAGAGAAACCAUAUAAAUGUCAUGUAUGUGGAAAAGCCUUUAUUAAAAACACAAGACUUACAGUUCAUAGGAGAAUUCAUACUGGAGAGAAACCAUAUAAAUGUGAUAUAUGUGGAAAAGCCUUUAGUCAAAACGGAACACUUAUAGUUCAUAGGAGAAUUCAUACUGGAGAGAAACCAUAUAAAUGUGAUAUAUGUGGCCGGUGCUUUACUCGAAAUGCACACCUUGGGAUUCAUCGUAAAAUUCAUACUGGAGAGAAACCAUAUAAAUGUGAUGCAUGCGGAAAAGCUUUUAGUGCUCAUUCAGACUUAAGUAAAUAUCAAGCAAUUCAUAAAGGAGAGAAACCAUAUAUAUGUAAUUUAUGUGGCAAAGCCUUCAGUUUCAGGUAUUAUUUUACACUCCAUUGGAGAAUUCAUACUGGAGAGAAACCAUAUCAGUGUGAUGUAUGUGGCCAGUGCUUUAGUCGAAAUUCAUACCUUAGGAGUCAUUGGAGAAUUCAUACUGGAGAGAAACCUUACAAAUGUAAUGAGUGUGGCAAAGCCUUCAGUCAGAGUGCAGGCGUUAAAACUCAUCAGAGAAGUCAUACUUUAGAGAAACCGUAUAAAUGUGAUGAGUGUCAUUAUCAGAGAAAUGCAAGUCAAAACCACAAUGAGGUACCAUUACAUGCCAGUCAGAAUGGCUGCUAUCCAAAAGUCUACAAGCAAUAAAUGCUGAAGAGGGUGUGGAGAAAAGGGAACCCUCUUACACUGUUGGUAGGAAUGCAAACUAGUACAGCCACUAUGGAGAACAGUGUGGAGAUUCCUUAAAAAACUUGCCAUAUGACCCAGCAGUCCUGCUGCUGGGC